AUGGCUCCGAUAAUUAUCCUCAAAGAGCCACCUGCCCUCGACCCGGCAUGGCUAGCUCACGAAAGAACUGCAAAUCUGCUAGCCCCCAAACCCAUCACCACAGACCCAACAGAGCGGCAAAGAAUAUACAGCGAAACAUGCAAAGCACGCAACACCUCUCUCCUCUCCAACCAAGACAAAGCCCUCAAUGACGGAAUUUUCAUUCAAGACUCCUUCAUCAAAGCACUAGAAGAGAACCACUCAAUUCCAAUCAGAUGCUACAGCUCAAACUCCCCACACGACCCCGAAAGUAAAGCAGCACAAAACACAAUAAUAUACUACCACGGCGGCGGUCUCACAGUCGGCGACCUAGACAGCGAAGACCUCUCCUGCCGCCGCAUCAGCAAGACCCUACAAUGCACCGUCUACUCCAUCGCCUACAGACUCAUGCCCCAACACAGCGCCGACGACGCCCUAGCCGAUGCUCUUACCGCAUUUCGCCACAUCUCCCAAACCCCCCAACUCACAAACGGGAAACUCGUACUUGUAGGCAGUUCAUCAGGCGGCCAACUAGCUGCUCAAGUUUCGCAAUUCGCGCGCAGGGGUAAUGGCGAAUCAGGGGAAAGUACUUGUAGAGUUGAUGGAGUACUACUCCGUUGCCCGGUCACAUGUGAUGCAGCGAAUCUCCCAGCAAGGUUUAGGGAUGCUCAUGUUUCGAUGGAUGUUGCGUUUCAUACGAGUUUGCUUUCUGCACCUGCGCUGACAGUGGAGAAUCGCACGGUGGAGAAGUUGCCGCUUGAAGAGGAGGGUUUAAGGGGGCUGCCGAGACAUUGGGUGCAGGUGUGUACGAAUGAUGUUUAUUAUUCGGAUGGGGUUUGUUAUGUAGAGGCAUUGAGGGAGCAGGGGGUAGAUGUUAGGGUGGAUAUGGUGGUGGGAUGGCCGCACACUUUUUGGUUGAAGGCACCCAGAUUGGAGAGGGCUGUUGAAGCGGAGAGGGAUAUGGUUGAGGGGUUGAGGUGGUUGUUGGAGGGUUAA